CAUGAAGUUUAGCGUUUAGAUCUGAAAUGAACGCGUAUCUAACAGAAUUAUGUCUAGCUUAUUUAAUUGUUUUGUGUCAUAUUUAUAAAGUUAGCUGUCGUUGCCAACCGAACAAGGAAAAAAUGUGCUGUUACGGAUACUUUUUCGAUGGGAUGUCGAAUGAUUGCAAAGAAUGCCCCUUGGGCUACAUGGGUUUGAAUUGUUCAUUUCCGUGUAGAUACCCAAGUUAUGGUUAUUCAUGCCAAAACAAGUGCAUCUGUCCAGAAGAAUAUUGUGACAUUUCUACAGGAUGCAAGGAGAGGAAAGUUGUAGAAGGUCGUUUGAAUUCAGCCAGAAACAAUGCUGAUUUAAAAUCCAAGCUAAUUCCAAACCAAACUGCACAUCCUGCUAAAGAGACAAUGGAUAAACCAAACAAAUCAAAGUCAGAAUCACAAACAACUACAAUCCUCAUUGGUGCCGUGGUUGCUCUUUCUUUAAUACUUCUUGCCACUGGGUUAAUGUUUUCCUGGAAAAGGGUAAAGCAAACCUGUCUGAGAAAUAAAAGAGAAGAUACCAACAUGCCAAAUAUAAAAGUCGAGCUGAAAAGAAUAACUUGUGAUUAUGAGGACAUGAAAGAAAAUUUAUAUGAGGAUCUGGACGAAAAGGAAACUUGCGAUAACAAAGAGAAAAAGAAUGAAGGCAAUGCUGAAAAUGAUUACAUUGACACUCUCAAAAUCACAAAGAUGGGAGGGAACAAAAAUGAUGAACGUGAAUCUAAACAUUUUUAUGACGCUUUGAAAUGACAUCAUGCUUUAAAACGUGUGCAGGAACAUGUACAUAGUACUCAUAAAUUCUUUUAAAUGGUUAUAUAGCUAAGAUACUAACAAGCGCAUUUGGAAAGUGUGUGUCGUUAGGGGAAGGGGAUGAGGCUUUUGAUUAUGAAACCAGUACAUAAAAUAUUUCCAAAUUAUAAACCAGUUGACACAUUCAUCGUCCUUAACUAGAAGGCAUCGAAAGAGAAAAUCAACAUGCAUGCAAGAAUCUUUCAUGACACUUGUACGAUCUUUAGAUUAUCAAAAACUAUGUUACUUUGAUCAACUUUGACAGAUUUGACGUUUUAUCAGAGUUUGGUUAAGUUGAUAACUUCCUUCCUGAUUCAGAUGUCUCUCUUUGUCAAAGUCAAUGAACAACCUAUGUAAUAUGUACAUUUACCAAAAAAAUCAGAUUUGUAAUAUCAUUUUCGUUAUUUCUUAAUGAAUUAUGAAGAAUAAAGUUAGGCUUAAAAUGUCCCUUGAUUUAUAAUACAAAAUACAAAGUACAUGUACUACUUGAGGCAAAAGACGAAAGAUGAUGAAGCAAAGGACAAUCAUGAGACAUUAACGAAAACCAAAUACUUAGUCUACCAAAAUCUAGUGCAACCCUUGUAUAAAUCACAAAAAGCUUUGAGUUUAAUUCACUUAGAUUUAAUUCUCAUUUUGAAAAAAAAUACUCUUUUACAAAUAUCUUAU